UCCGCUUGCUCACUUCUCUCCUUUUCCUCAGCAGAGCGAAUAGUUCCGAGUUUUCCUCGUAGCCAAGUCACUUAUUGAGUCAGCCAACUUUCUCCAAGAGAGAAGUAGGGCGAAGAGAAAGAAAAGUAACUUUCGUAAGAAAGAUAUCAAGCAAGUUGACCGCAUAAAAGUUGCACGGGGAAAAUAUUCUGAACUAGAUCUGUCCAGUCGAUUCAUCCUCUUUUUCAGCCCAGAGAGAGUGAGUCGAGUCUCUGGUGGUCUUUUUAUUGCACCAAUCGACCCCAAUUCAUACAUUACUUGUUGCCACUACGGACUUCCUGGAAGUAAAAGUUUUGUGCGUCGUUUCCUUGCAUGUCUCACCGUGAUUUGUGCAUAUUUAUCGUGGGAGUGAGAGUUUAGGAGUAAAUUGGUGUCAUAAAUUGCGUGUUUGAGAGGAGAAAGUACUAUAUAUUGGGCUGAUUUAGUAUUACUUUGUGUACAUUUUGGCACAGUAUGUAAAUGAGGCAAGAAUUACUGCUAAAUACAUUUACAAACAGAUUGAUUAAUAACGCAUUUUGAAUAGUUACUACUUUGUCCAUAUUUUGACACGAUACCCUUAGAAUUCCGGAUAAGAUCUUAUCAAUGAAAAAUAUGGAGCGAAUCAGAGCCCGACCGAUUGUUAAACAGUUUCGGCGAGGGUUUAGAAAGCCGUCGAUAAAAAUCACCGUUUCGGCCGACACUCCUCCCGAACUUUAUAAUAAUUCGUCCCCGGCAAGGACACCUUCUCCACAAACGGUUAUCAAAAGGGUGUUGACCUUUGGCCCGGGUCCGGACGGGAUUCAGUACGACGACGAGAAUAAUGACGAGGCUUUCACUCGAAUCACGGUGGAUGACUCGGUCGUGGACUUUCCGAAUUGUGUAGACUUUGGGAUCAAGGACUUUCUCUGUUAUAAAGAUGAGAUCGACCUCGAACUCUCCAGCGACGACACGAGCUUCCUCGAAGCCACGCCACCCCAUCGCUUUUCCGAUUCCGAGCUAGAAAGUCAAAUCGAGAUUAUGUCCAUCACUCUGGACAACGUGUUAAACCUCUACCCAAAAAGAUCGAGCUUCUCCAAAGACGACAACUUCACCUUUGACCUUCUCCGCCUGGAGAAUCAAAUGAUAUCCGACAUCGACCAGGACGACACGCGGCGUCGUUUUGAGGAUGAAAACGCGGCCAGAAUUCGAAAUUUCAGUAUCACCACGACCACCACCAGCGCCGCCGGGGGGAGACGGUUGCCCCCACCGCCGCGCCCCUUCCGCCGCAACAUUUCCCUACCCGCCUCCAUCUUCAUGUCGUAUCUCAUGGCGGAACAGAAUUUCAAAAAUAAAGAAAAACGCACCAGUCUCCAACAGCAGCCCAAAGAAUUCUUCACCAAUGAACGAUUCAGUUCGAGAAAAUUGACCAAAAUUGAUGGAAGUUAUUCCUCCAAUGAAUCCACCGAGGCGGAAGAAUCAACCAGUCCGAUAAAUGAUACCGGAAAUAACGAGGAAAUUGAUUCUUCCUCCAUGGCGGAGGAGAGUGAAAGUGGCGAUUCAAGAAGGGGGGGAGGAGCGGAUACCCCCCUUUCCGCGCAGAAUGCCGACCUGGGCGCGAUGAUUAUGAGUGGCGCGGAAUCCGGGGAGGAGGAAUUGGACCGGGAGGAUGAACAGGCUCAACAAGCUUUCACUUCGGAUAUUGAGAGAAAGUCGUUGGUCUUGAGGUACAUGAGGAAACUCGUGAGGCAAGAUACCUCAGGGAAUUUUGCUCCGCCGGAUUAUUGCAUUUGAAUGAAAACCUGGAUAUUUUUAUGAUUGGAUGUGUCUAAUGGGUGAUGGAACGAGGAAUCAGGUUUUGGAGUUUACACUCUUAAAAAAAAUGUUACUAUUUUGAAAAGUGAAUCCACUCCGAAUUCGGAAUUUAAGCAAAUUAUGUAUACUAAAUCUAGAGGAAACUUUACUCUUUAUUAACAAUGCGAUGGUGUGAAGUGUAACCCUCCGAUUUGGUUGAAAUUUC